AUAGCGUACAGCGUCAGUUCAGGCAGGCCACGUAGUCAAGCGAUGCUAUCAGCUGAUUGUCAAACCUAAACCCAGCCUAUCAGCUGAUCCGAUUCCUAUGCAUCAAUUGGUCCCUUUCAAACAGGGCGCCCUAUUUAAAUGGAUUUUCAGUCUGUCUGCUUGGCUGCUUUCACUGCUUUGCUUGCAAAAGCGCAGUUUCUUGCAACAUGAUUAUACGCUUUUAUUUUGCUGUAACGUUACUCACCCAACUGCUGACCAUGUCUGCCGCCGCAAAUGAUAACGUUACAGAUCCGUGGCAAAUUGAAUUCAUCGAAGAAUCCCAGCAUCAAAUAAGUCAAGCGGAGGAAGCCAUUAAUGACGAAAGCAAUGCUUCUGUCCGCCGGAGCUCUCGCCUGGCAAGUAAAUCAUCUUGUAGUCCUCCCAGCAUCAUUGACUGGCCGCUGCCGAAAUUACUGGAAACCUUAUACAGACACGACAUCCCGGCACCAACUGGAGCUUCGCAUAAGGAACUUUUUGCUUUGCUUUGUGAAAAAAUUGACGUUCCAGCAGCAGAUAUUCCUCCUCCUCCUCCAUUCUCCGGCAAGAAACAGACGCAGAAGAGAAAGAAUCUAGAACCGGCUUCCACUUCGGCUGAUGUUGCACCCAAGCGGGCAGGCGGAUCCGACGUCUCAACCCGAGCAAUCUACUCUUCUUCAGUCCAAAACAACGACCCAGUGUUGUCAGCUUUGUCCAGCAUUCAGUCUUCGCUCUCCAACAUGAAUUCCAGAAUUCAAGCUCUUGAGUCCGGUUCAAGAUCUAAGGCCUCGGCAAACUUUUCCAUUUCUGGUCCGUCUUGCGAUAACUCCUCAUCGACCACGGCGCGGCUGCCCGUGUUUACUCCGCAGCAGAAUGAUGACGUCAUCAAUUCAGUGACUAUACCACGAAGAACUAUGGGAAGUGCAGUUCCCGUGACUACAGGCUCUCCAUUCUUUCCGCCGGCUGCUGCGAUUUCUCAUCAGUUGAGAAGCCAAAUCAUCGCAGGUGUCGUCCACAAGCUUGUCUGGAGGACCCAUUAUUUACAACAGAGGAGGGAAAGCCCAUGUCCAGAGCCUGGUUUGCAUCCCGUUUCCGCCUGCUUUGUCAAUUCUGCGGGCUACCCCCAGAGUGUUAUUCGGCCCAUUCGCUGCGCAUAGGGGCUGCUACAACUGCAGCUUCCUCUACUCCCGUUUCUACCCUAAAAGCUAUGGGAAGAUGGUCUUCGGCAGCUUAUGAACGGUACCUCCGGCCAGAUACUCGAGCCAUCCUUGAGGCUCAGAAAGCUAUGAGUAAUGAUUGUGAUAUGUAGUUAAAAUAAAUAUCGCUUCAGUAAUUUAUUGCUUACUUUUUAUUUAUUUUUUUUUGCUUCAUAUAUCUAUUUCUCUGCUAGCUCAUGUAGUUCUAUAGGUAUUUUUAUUUUUAUUGGCUUUUUGAAAAAAAUUUUUUUUUUUUUUUUUUAAUCCUCUGCUGGCUCUUCGAUAGCAGGAAGGGCCAGGGAUGAUUGCCUGGUAUGGUCUGUUUGGGGGGGAAUUUUGCUGCUAUCCCAGUUUAUAUGGGAGAUUGUCCCCAGAAGCUGCUGCUGUUCCCUGACUAGCUUUCAUGGAGCUCAUGAAAAGGUUGGGGAAUUCAGAACAGAGCCAUACCGCCAAAUGUAAUUUUAACAUCUUGCAAAUAAACAUUUUAAAUGGCAAAGAUUUGUUUUAUUUUUGACUCAAGUGGUCCUGACUGAAAUAUAGCGUACAGCGUCAGUUCAGGCAGGCCACGUAGUCAAGCGAUGCUAUCAGCUGAUUGUCAAACCUAAACCCAGCCUAUCAGCUGAUCCGAUUCCUAUGCAUCAAUUGGUCCCUUUCAAACAGGGCGCCCUAUUUAAAUGGAUUUUCAGUCUGUCUGCUUGGCUGCUUUCACUGCUUUGCUGCAACCCACCUCCUCCCCUAGCUCCUCCUUUAAACUCUGUUUAACUUAAUCAGUUUCAUUUCAUUGUCACUGAUGCACGCUCUGUUCUAAUUGGGGGGGAAUUUUGCUGCUAUCCCAGUUUAUAUGGGAGAUUGUCCCCAGAAGCUGCUGCUGUUCCCUGACUAGCUUUCAUGGAGCUCAUGAAAAGGUUGGGGAAUUCAGAACAGAGCCAUACCGCCAAAUGUAAUUUUAACAUCUUGCAAAUAAACAUUUUAAAUGGCAAAGAUUUGUUUUAUUUUUGACUCAAG